AUGGAACUUUAUUACGGCUCGUCUUUCAUCCAGCCAGAUCCUAUUCCAUUGCAAUCACCAUUUUCCCAAGACUUUUUUAAUUUCACAGACCAACAACCAUCAUCAUCACCACCAUCCAAUAUUACGGAACAAACCUUUGAUGCAUCUGCAGUUGAUCUUGCUGCUGCAAUAUUCCCCUCAUCCCCUCCUCAUUCCAGCGAACCCUCUCCUUUUUCUUUUCUUCCUAUGAAUUUCGAAGUGGCCACAAACCCAGAAACUCCUCACACACCUCAUUCACAUGAAGAUCUUUCAAAGAGUCCAACCAUGCCAACGAAAAGAGGAUACAAAUCCCAUGUACCAAGUGCUUGUAUCAAUUGUAAGAAGGCCCAUUUGGCGUGUGAUGUAUCCCGUCCCUGUAAACGAUGUGUCUCGCUUAAUAAGACUGACACUUGCCAAGAUAUUAAACACAAAAAGCGAGGAAGGCCAAAACUUAGAGACAGCAAGUCGUCUCAAUCUCAGGGUCCAAAUGGAAAGUAUGAAGUGAUGUAUGGUACAAUUCACAUGCCAUCAUUUUCUGCUACUUCCGCCACAUAUUCCACUUCAAGCAUGUAUGAACAUGAACCUGCUACACCAAUUCCUGGUCAUACAUCUGCCAUUUCAUUUAUUCACGAACCACUCGAGUCAUUUCAAACACCAAAGAAGAUAAGACCAGCCAUAGCUAUAUCUUCAUCACAAUCACAAUCGAUCCAACCACAACUGCAACCACAACCUGAACCUCAAUCUCAACCACAAAUACAAAUACAACUACAACCACACUCACAACUGCAUUCACAAUCAGAGCAACCGUCCCAGUCAUCCCAACCAGCUCCAAUAUUACCUAUUUUGGCCCCAGCUCCAUUUGCGGCCUUCUCGCCAUUUCUUCCUAUCGAAGUUCAGCCAUCAUUUACCAAUACAUUUGCCGAACCUCUAAUUAAGGAAGAGAACCAGACAGUCACUGUGUUUAUGUCAAUGGAAGUCUGUUGCGCACGCAUUUCAGACGAAGUGACCGAGGCUUGGGGAUACUACCCUCAGGAACUUGCUCAUAGAUCACUGUAUGACUUUGUGCCGAGUAAAGACUCGGAUCGUCUAGCAUGCCUACAUCGACUGGUUCUGGACAAUGCUGUCGAUGUUGCUAAGCAGUCCGACCCAAAUUAUCAGCCGACCCAACCUACAGAGCGCACCACAUCCGAUCUCUUUCAUCGUACAGAUCCUAUUCUUCUCGCCACACCAGCAAUAGGAUCCAGUCGAUUCUCAGAUACAAUACACAUCAAAAAGCGCUCAGGAGAUAAUGAAUUAUAUGAGGUGAUUGUUUUUUUGGGAGGAGGCUUUGGCGCCAAUCUCCAUUCUAUUGGCACCCUCACCAGACUUUACAUUGUUGCCGAAUUUCGUAAACACUGUUACAAGAUCAAACCAUUCUCAUCCCAUCCGUUGUCCUCUACCUUUCAACAAAAGACACCAAUUAGCCCAAUGAUUGGAUCUAGUAUGUCAAGCUGGGCAUCAUCAGCAGCAACAACAACACCACCACCAGCAUCGUCAUCGUCAUUAUCAGCAUUAUCAUUAUCAAUAUCACCAUCAUCAGCAACACCCCCAACACCAUCAAUAUUCACAUCAAAGAAAAUCACACUAUCCCAUGCAAAUUCUAAUAUUAAUAAUACCAAUCUACUCAAUCAACAUAACCCAAGCAACAAAAGUAACGCAAGCACAGCAAGCACCGCAAGUAAUCCAAAUAACAAUACAAUAAUAAGCCGACACAUACAUCCAGAUAUUCCCAAAGUAAAUGUGGCACCAAUGACCAAUACUAUGAAUGGUCAGGAAAUGCAACUGCCAGCUCUUAUGCCUCAUCGAUUCGCACCUAUCGCAGCCCGGAUGACAGGUUCUCCACGGGGCGCACCUAAUGUUACACAUCCUACACAGCAAUAUUUUUUGCAAACUUCGAGUAGUACACUGAACGCAGCAGCUUCUGCCGCAGUCCAACGUACGCGUCGAACAUUAUCGAUACCAAGUUCAGAAGCGACGAUGGCUGGUACAGAUAAGGCAUCUGGAAAUACAGAUGCUAGUGGGAAGGUUGGAAUGAGUAUUCGAUCACUACUAUGCUAA